GGGGAGUAGUUUGGAGUCUGCGCCCUACGGCCAGAGGGUUGUGAGUUCAAGUUCUGACUGUGUGGCAAAGUUCUUCAAGAUCUUUAUGACUCAGUUCACUUCAGCUGGAGAUUUCAUGACAACCACGUUCUGGGGUUGAGGAAACUUUCCGCCGGCUGGUCCAUCGGCGUGUCCGGCCGCACCACGGUGCGAACCGAGUAAGGCGGACGGGGCGGCCCCGCCCGGGUGUAUGCAGCCGCCGGGGAGACGCAACUGCCGGGGGGCAGGCAGCGGGACGGACGCUGACCGGGUGGAGCUGCCCGAGGAGUGAGCGAGCGCCCUGGGCCCUGGAGGACCUGACCUGGCUGACCUCCCAGGCCGACAGGCGAGCUGAGCCCCAGCAGCAUGGAUGCCCCGAGGAAGGACAUGGAGCUACUCAGCAACAGCCUGGCGGCCUAUGCACACAUCCGAGCUAACCCUGAGAGCUUCGGCCUCUACUUCGUGCUGGGCGUCUGCUUCGGCCUGCUGCUGACCUUGUGCCUGCUAGUCAUCAGCAUCUCCUGUGCGCCUCGCCCGAGGCCCCGGGGCCCUGCUCUGCGCCGGGACCCUCGCGGCAGCACCCUGGAGCCGGAGGAUGAGGAUGACGAGGAUGAGGACACCAUGACGAGGCUGGGCCCCGAUGACACACUCCCGGGCCAGGAGCUGUCUACUGAGCCCGACGGGCCGCUUAGUGUCAAUGUCUUCACGUCCGCAGAAGAGCUGGAGCGCGCGCAGCGGCUGGAGGAACGUGAGCGAAUCCUGCGGGAGAUCUGGCGCACCGGGCAGCCAGAUCUGCUGGGCACCGGCACGCUCGGGCCCGGAGCCACGGCCACGGGCACGCUGGGCCGCAUGCACUAUUAUUGACACACACGACCCCACAGCAUGGGUCCCUGCGUACUGGACAUGGGAUUGAACCCAUGCUGCCCCAGGGUUCUCAAACUGCCUCUGCCCUGAUUCUCUGGUGCUAUUGAGCGUGGAUCGCCGCCUGCUAAGCACUCUUCACUGGGCAGGUGUGGGUGGGAAAAGAAUGCCGGGGCCCACCUUCUCCUCCUGGUAAUAAUGACCAAUGAAAGCUA